UGUAAAAUAAGUAUGUUUAACUUUAAACGUUUCAUAACCUUUAUCUUAAAGAUCGUAUAAAUAGGACAUAUUAUAUGGGUGAGGAAAUUCGAGCUACUGUAACGCUGUAUGAUAGAUAUAACAAACGGAAACAUUCUUUAGGCGACCAUUUGAGAGCGACAAUACAAAACGAUGUGCUUAAGGCAUCAGCCCCAUGUUUUGUGACUGCCAAUAGAGAUGCAACGCAAACGGUGGCAUGUGAAACAUUGUGGACUGGGACUUCGACAAUAAUUGUAACUCUAGCACACACAAGGGAAACAAUUACAGCUUAUUACAGGAUUAGAACACAAUUGUUAGCCACUGAAAGUAUAAUUGGACUGUUUACAAAUAGUAAAUAUAGAGAGGAAACUAUCUGUCACCCAAACAACGAACAUCUUCGGAAGCACACAAAUUACACAGAACUUUGUAAUAUGACUAACAUAAACUCUGGCAUGCCGUUUUAUUGCGGGAAACCAAGAAGCGAGCUUCUGCUGUGCCGCCACUGGCAGUUCGUACGAUGGCCUAAACAAAGACCAGAAAUUAAAACUACUGAAUGUGAGGACACAUUAUUAAAAAGGUAA